AUGAAAACAUUGUUCCUUAUUGCAUUGAUUGCUAUUGCAUUCACAGCUAGAGUCUAAGAAAGAAGUCUAUCAAAAAUUACAACAGAUUUGAAAAAGAGUAAAUAUGGAAGUGCUCUUCUUCAUUUAGUUGAACUACAUUCCAUGGCUGGUGGUCCAGUCUAAGAGUUGAUUGAUGCAAUUGAAGAAUUAAUUAAUGAUCUUGAAGAAGAAUUAGAAGAAUUAGAAUUCAAUUUCUAAUAGAGAACAAAUGAGCAUAAUUCAAUGGUCAUAGGAUAUCAAUAAGAUAUUUAGGAUGCUGUUAUAGGUAUUAUACUAACAAAUAUGUAGAUGUAAACAACACUUAAGACACUUUAGAUAAUUUAUUAUUUCCAAGANCAAAGACAAUCUGUCAAUUUUAUUUAUAGUAAUUCUCAAAUUUAUGA